UAAUCUUCAACACUUUCAAUAAUGGUGCAAUGGCUUUCCAUAAUGUCUAUCCAGAUUAUCAGUCUCUAAUUACUGUAAAUGUAAGCCUUGUUCAUAAACCUGCCUACCAUUUUCAGCCUAAACAAAAUUGGAUCAAUGAUCCAAAUGGACCAAUGUAUUACAAGGGCUUUUACCAUUUCUUCUGCCAAUACAAUCCGAAAGGUGCAGUGUGGGGCAACAUUGUGUGGGCCCACUCUGUAUCGCAGGAUAUGAUUAACUGGAUACCGCUAAAACCCGCAAUUGUACCAUCAAAAUGGUUUGAUAGGUACGGGUGUUGGUCGGGGUCUGCCACAAUCCUCCCAGGUGAUAAGCCGGUCAUUUUGUAUACUGGAGUUAUAAAAGAGACGCCAGAUCCGGGUUACCAAGUCCAAAACUAUGCCAUACCGGCUAAUUAUUCGGAUCCAUACCUCCAAGACUGGGUCAAACCCGACAAUAACCCGAUCUUGAAACCCACUAGAGAGAACGUUUCAUCUUUUCGUGACCCUUCAACAGCUUGGUUUAAUAACGGUCAAUGGAAAAUGUUGAUCGGUAGUAGAUACUAUGAUCGAGGCAUUGCAUACUUGUACCGAAGCAAAGAUUUUGUCAAGUGGACCCGGGCUGAGCGCCCGUUUCAUGAGAAAUCAGAAACGGGCAUGUGGGAAUGUCCAGACUUUUACCCGGUAUCAUCUCUUGGUAAUAGAAAUGGGCUGGACACUUCAACUUUGAGUAAAGACACUAAAUAUGUUUUCAAGGUGAGCCUUGAUGAGACAAGAAAUGAAUACUACACUAUUGGAGAGUAUGACGCAAUAAACGAUUUGUAUCUUCCAUAUAACACAACUAUCGACGGUUGGGCGGGUUUAAGAUACGAUUAUGGGAACUUCUAUGCUUCUAAAACAUUCUUUGACCCCGUCCAGAAACGAAGGAUUUUGUGGGGUUGGGCUAACGAGUCAAGCACUAACGACGAAAAUGUUGCCAAGGGAUGGGCAGGAAUUCAGUUGAUUCCGCGUAUGGUUUGGAUGGACCCGAGUGGGAAGCAACUGUUACAAUGGCCAAUUCGAGAACUAGAAGCCUUAAGGGGUCAGAAUAUGAAUGUACAGGAUGUAAACCUCUAUAAGGGAGAUACCAUGGAAAUAAAUGGAAUCACUGCUGCUCAGGCCGAUGUGGAUGUUUGCUUCAAGUUUUCAAGGUUGAGAAAAGCCGAGGCGUACAAUAGAAACUGGGACAAACUUCCACAACAAGAUCUUGCAGAAGAUCUAUGUGGCAUCAUGGGUGCAACCAUACAAGGUGGACUUGGCCCGUUCGGGAUUUUAACACUUGCCUCCAAGAAUCUUGAAGAAUAUACUCCAGUUUUCUUUAGAGUCUUCAAGACUCGUGUCAAGAAGUAUAAAGUUCUCAUGUGCUCUGAUGCUACUCUUUCCUCGACUAAUACACAAGAAUACAAGCCAUCAUUUGGAGGGUUUGUGGACGUUGAUUUAGCUGACAAGAAGCUAUGUCUUAGGAGCUUAAUUGAUCACUCGGUAGUGGAAAGCUUCGCAGAGGGAGGAAAGACGGUGAUCACAUCUAGGGUAUAUCCGGAGCUAGCAGUCGGUCUUGAUGCACAUUUGCAUGUAUUUAACAAUGGCACUGAACCUAUAAUUAUUGAGAGACUGGAGGCUUGGUCCAUGAAUACACCUAUGAUGAACUGA